GAAUCAAGCAGCCUCUAAGUCUCCAUGUCACUAAAACGUCACAUAUCAAUCUGUUUUUAAUCAUACUUUCAACCAGAUAUUAUCUAAAGUUGCUUUAAAUCUAGUGGCUACAGCGAUUAGCCAAUCAGCUUCGUGAAAAAGGGAUGGCGGUUUUCGUUUGAAUGUGUUGCCUUGUGGGGGUCAGACAGCCAGGCAUGAGAAAAGGGAGGAGACAGACUUGGAACAACGUCUUCUAACCACGUUAAAAUUGAGCUUUUUUACUAUUACUGUGAUAUUUUACAUUGUAUACGGUUUUCGAGACGAAUUCCUUGAUCUCUUAGGCGAAACAAGUCUGGUCAGCUACCCGCCCCCCUGCAAUGGCCGAGGCAGAAGCAGAGUGGGAGCUCUGCAAGGAGAACAUCCAGCCGCUGAGGCGAGGCCGCGCCAUCUCAACACUGACAGAGGCCCUCAGUCUGCAGCAGGAGGGCAGCUCAGCCAUCACACAGCGCACCCAGCAGGCAUUUGAAUCAGAGCUGCGCAUAUAUGAAGGCGACGAUCCACUAGAUGUAUGGGAUAGGUACAUCAAGUGGACAGAACAGACCUUCCCUCAAGGAGGGAAAGAAAGCAACUUCUCUGUGCUUUUGGAAAGAGCAGUCAUGAAGUUUACUGAAGAGAAGAAGUACUACAAUGAUGUCCGUUAUGUUGACCUUUGGAUUAAGUUUGCGGACAGCUGUUCAGAGCCUUUGGACAUCUACCGGUACAUGCACGCUCAGGGGAUUGGGCUGAUGUUGUCUGCGUUCUACAUAGCCUGGUCUGAGGAGUAUGAGAAGAGGGGAAACUUCCGGAACGCUGACACCACAUUGCAGGACGGGCUGAAAUGUGGGGCAGAACCUCGAGAUCGACUUAAACAGUUCCACAAGGCUUUGCAGGCACGUGUGACUCGCCAUGUGAUGUUGGGAAUGGGUCAAGAAAGUGAUGAUGACACUAUGGAGAUGGAGGAGCCUAACAGGAAGACACUGGCAGAACUGAAAGCCUUGGGGAAGAAAAAGGCCGUGGCACCAAUCAGCAGAGGGAGCAGCAUCGUUAACACUCAACCUCGUGGGCUGCAGAUGAAGGCCCCCAUGGCUCCCGUCAGGAACAGCCGCCUGAUGGUGUUCGACGAGAACAAGGGACUGGCCGAGUCUCAGGAGCCCAAGCUGGAGAGCUGGAUGGGUCCACCCAGCGCCCGCCACAAGGAGAAUGAGCAAAAACCAGACAAGUGGACCAAGGCCAAGCUGCCCCAGAAGACGAGGGCUGGCCUCCCGGUGGUGAUGCCCGCCCCGGCCAAGCCUUCCUUCCAGCCGUUUGUGGAGGAGUGUGAGCAUACUCCGGCUGUGACGCCGUGUAAGAUCAACCCGGCGGUGAACUGUGUACUGUCUGCGCGUAAGCCGCACCGCGAGGAGACGCCACUGAAGCGCCUGCAGGACUGGAAGGAGCAGCAGCAGCAGCAGCAGGCCGGAGGGUCUCAGGCCCCCGGCACCAACGGCAAGCCCCGCGAGCAGAGCAUGUACUGCAAGGAGCUCCUGUUCAGCGGCGCCUCCGAGUUCUGCUUCGAGGAGCUGCGCGCCGAGCGCUACCGCCAAAAGCACGCCCAGAGACUGGUAGCCAGCGGCAGCGGCCAGAGCGCCGCAGCAGGAACAUCUGCAGCAGGAACAUCUGCGGCUUCUGAGAGCUUCUGUGCAGGACAGUCCAGCUCUGGUCCCUCACAGUGAAUGGCCUCAGGAAGGGUGUGUGUGCGUGUGCGUGUGCACUUACUGUGUUACAGUAAAUGCAACUCUUUUUUUUUUCACUUUUGUAUGUGAUCUUCCUCCUUUAUUCCUUCUGUCUCUCUGUGUCUAAAAGUGAGCUAUGACCGAGAUACUGUAAAUAUAAGCAGCAGGAUUAAGUACUCAUUUACUUUUUGUACUAACCUUCACACUCCUCCAUCUGGCAUCAAGCUGCAGUUUGGUGCAUAAUCAGAUAUAGGGGCAUUUACAUAUUCAGCUUCACCUUCCCAGCAAUGAGUUUGAGAUGAGAUUGUCCUGAGGUUUCCCAGUUACAUGUACAUUUUUACUGUAAAUUAAGGGGACAUUUCUAUACAUUGUACUCUUAAAGAAACAUAUGCAUUGUGAAGAAUUCAACAGAAACAAAUGCAAUUUGAAGAAUAAAAAAAAAAAGAAUUGCACGAUUUCCUGAACCACAAUAUUUCGCUAGUUUUGUAUGCCUUCAUUCAGAUCCCCAAAUAAAGCAGUUGUUCAGACACCCAAA